AUGCAAUGGUGGUUCUUCUUACUUUACAUCUCAGCUGUCAAAGCUCAGUUUGACACUCGGAGAUUUUUAGACUACUGGACUGAUUUAUUUCGUCCCCUACCUCGCAAUCCCAGGGAAGGUUUCGUCCCAGACUACACGCCAAAAAAUCAAGAAGAAUUUGAUUUUAUAGUCAUUGGAGCUGGGUCCGCGGGUUCUGUAGUAGCUAACCGAUUAACUGAAGUUCCACAAUGGAAAGUAUUGCUUAUAGAAGCAGGAGGGAACGAAAACUUCUUUUCCGACAUUCCCAUAUUUGCUCCGUUUCUCUCCCUCACCGGCAUGAACUGGGGUUACAGUUCAAUGCCAGAACCCAGAGCAUGCAGAGAUCUAAGAGGAAAAGUGUGCUUCUUACCGCGAGGCAAAGUUCUCGGUGGUAGUAGUGUACUCAACUUUUUAAUCUAUCAACGUGGACAUCCGGAAGAUUACAAUGACUGGGCUAGAAUGGGCAACGACGGCUGGAGCUACAACGAAGUACUUCCAUACUUCAAAAAGUCAGAAAAUAUAGGUGUUAGAGAAUUACGAAAUUCUUCAUACCAUGGCGUUGGUGGAUAUUUAGACAUUGAGUACUCGCCGUACCAUUCACCUCUUGAGAAGCCAUUUAAACAAGCUGGUGAAGAACUUGGAUACGAAUGGAGGGAUCCAAACGGAGAGAAUUUGAUUGGUUUCUCAAAACCACAAGCAACAAUGCGAAAAGGUAGAAGGUGCAGUUCGUCAAAAGCAUUCAUAGAGCCAAUACGCUUCAGGCCUAAUUUAAAAGUUACGAAAUUUUCUACCGUAUCGAAAAUUUUAAUAGACCCCUAUACUAAAACAGCUACCGGCGUUGAAUUUACGAAGCGUAAUAUGAGUAUACAGGUACGGGCACGUCGUGAAGUGAUUUCGUCUGCAGGAUCUAUUGGCUCGGCUCAGUUGCUGAUGGUAUCUGGAAUAGGACCACAAGACCAUUUACAGGAAUUCGGGAUACCAGUGAUAGCUGACCUUCCUGUAGGAUACAAUCUCCAAGACCACGUUACAUUUUCUGGGAACGCUUUCAUCGUCAACCAAACGGGAAUGACUAUGAAUGACUUGGCUGCCGCAUCCCCCUUCGUAGCAGCUGCAUACAUGCAAGGACGAGGUCCACUGACCCUGCCUGGUGGAGCCACUGGACUUGCCUUCGUGCACACAAAGCAUUCAUACGAUGUGGAUCAGACCAGACCUGAUAUAGAACUGGUCAUGGGAGCUGGAUCUCUAGCUGGUGAUGCUAUGGGAAUAUUACGGUCUUUGCUGGGAGUGACGGAUAAGUGGUACCGAGAGGUGUAUCGGUCUUUGCCAAUAGGGGCGAGGAUGCGGACAUUUUCCAUAAACCCCGUGCUAAUCCGACCGAACAGCGUUGGCCGAUUAAUGCUCCGAAGUCCAAACUUCACCGACCAUCCCAGAAUCCAUUUAAACUAUUUCGCUGAUCCGAACGAUUUGCGAACUAUGAUCGAAGGUGUUCGUAUGGUACAAAAAAUAAUUGGUACGAAAGCGUUCCAGCGUUAUAAUACUAAAUUACACACAACACCGUUUCCCGGCUGCGAGGCUUUGUUGUUCGACUCGGAUGAAUACUGGGAGUGUGCUAUUAUGCAGACUUCCAUCACAUUAGACCAUCAAGUUGGUACGUGCAAAAUGGCACCAGCUGGUGAUCCUACAGGCGUAGUCUCACCAAGACUUCAGGUCCAUGGAAUUAAAGGUUUAAGAAUAGCUGACGCGUCCAUAAUGCCACGGAUACCGGCAGCACACACACACGCCGCCGCAGUCAUGAUUGGUGAAAAAGCUGCAGACCUUAUAAAAGAAGAUUGGGGCAUAUCUACCCUGACAAACAAGUUAUAA